AGCUCGAGCUCCAAUGUAGGCAGAGGGAGGACGAGGUCUUGCGCGGUGUCACUGCGCGUUUUGUUUCCAGCGCUUGUGUUCUUCCGCCGAUCAUUCCCUCGUCGCCGCGGCAGCGCGGGAGGAUCCUGGCAGGGCUAGGGCUGCCGGGAAUCCGAUCGCAAGAAGCAGCGCUGCUCUCCGCAGAUUAUCUCGAGCGGCGCCAAGCAGAUAGGGCCAAGGAUCUCCACAAAGCUGCCGCCGCUGAGGUACCGCUGCGCGAUUGACUGGAUUAGAGCGUGGUGUGUGUCGGCAUUGGCAUUUCCAGGUGUGUGUGGGGUGCGUGUGAUCGAUAAUCUUGUGAUUUGAGGCGUUUUCUUGCAACUCCCUCCCUCUCUCUCUCGCACGCGCACACGAUUCUUGGGUUUUUUUUCUCUUUUUUUUCUCUGCUCGAGCAGUGUAACAUGUGACUGCUCUCACAGCUCACAAGAAAGCCAAAAAACGGUGAUGGUCACAAAUUUCGUCCGCGGGAGAGCACUCUCACAGGAUAAAAAAGAGGGCUUCUUUUCUACUGCUGCUCGUCAUGGGUCGCGGCAUUUGGGUGUUGGCCAGGUGCUCCCAGAAGUAGCAGCCUCUUUCGAUGCACAGUGAUCGUAGACCCACCAAGAAGAACAGCAACGCGAGGCUGGUACUAGUAGCGCAGGGAAAUCGCCAAAAUCUCAAGAAGGAACAGGCUGACGAAGAGUCAAAAGGAGAGAAGGCUACCAAUCUUUCCUUGCCAAUGACAAUGGCGGAUUUACUCACGCACCGGCAUUUCUCUCCAGAUAUCUUGGAGUCCGAUGCUUACAGCAUUUCGGGUCUCUCGCCGCCGCUCUUUGUUUCGGAUCACAACACCACCGAUUCGGAAGAAGGGUCCCGGUCAGACUCGGGUGUAGUUUCUUCUUCGCCGGUCAAUCUUCCCGCUACUCACACCACAGCAAGAGCGGCCACUGACGGCAUGCAUUUGUCGCUGGAGUUUGAAGAUCUGGUGAUACGUCGGGAGAAGAUGAGGCUCCGCGGCGAGCAGCUCGCAGGUGGAGAAGGCGAAGAGGAAGCUAACAGGGAAGAGCUCUCUAUGUUGGCUCUGGUGCUGGACACGCUGAGAAGAUCCUUGCUAACAUGCAAGGCUUCCGAGGAGGAGGUUGCGUCCAUGGAUAUUGGCUGGCCUACCAACGUCCGGCAUGUAACGCACGUCACAUUUGACAGGUUCAAUGGCUUUCUCGGCUUGCCGGUGGAGUUUGAGAUCGAGAUCCCCCGAAGAGUUCCCAGUGCAAGUGCCAGUGUUUUUGGUGUCUCUCCAGAGUCGAUGCAAUGCUCUUAUGAUUCCAAAGGCAACAGCGUUCCGACCAUUUUGCUGCUCAUGCAGGAAAGGCUUUACAGCCAGGGGGGCCUUAAGGCGGAAGGAAUUUUCAGAAUAAACGCCGAAAACAGCCACGAAGAAAUCGUACGGGAGCAGCUCAACCGUGGGAUCGUCCCACACGAUAUUGAUCUUCACUGUCUAGCUGGUCUCAUCAAGGCAUGGUUCCGUGAGCUUCCUAAGGGGGUCCUCGACACUUUAACGCCCGAGCAAGUGAUGCAGUGCCACAACGAGGAGCAAUGUGUUGAGCUCGUGAAGUUGCUGCCUCCGACGCAAGCAGCUCUUCUAGACUGGGCGCUGAAUCUCAUGGCCGACGUCGCCCAGGAGGAGGCGUCAAACAAGAUGAACUCCCGGAACAUCGCAAUGGUUUUUGCUCCCAACAUGACUCAGAUGGCGGAUCCACUAACAGCACUCAUGCACGCUGUACAAGUGAUGAACAUUCUAAAGACGCUGAUUGUGAGGACACUACGGGACAGGCAAGAGGCUGUGCUCGAUCCAGGCCCUGCACCGUCUUUGCCGAGUAACAAGGACGAAGAUGACGACCAGCAGCACUGUGGGAGUGGACUGAUUGACAAGGCAACUUCGGCAGAAGAAGAGUACGAUGACUACAGGCAACACCAACAACAGCAGCAGGAGCAAGAGGAGCUGGAUCAAAAUCACCGUCACCACCAUCUUCACAAUCACCAUCAGCAGCAGCAACAGGUGAUGAUGCUCCACGCGAAGCAAAAGAAAAUCCGGUCUGCCGCGCCGAGGCUGCUCAACAGAAUAGACAAGCAAAGCGAGAGGGCCGAAGCCUGGUAAGAACAAACUUUUGCUCGUUCUUACCAUCGCUUUGCACAGAUUGUUGUACCAUAGCUAGCCAGUCGAUCGCCAACAGCCGUUUGUAAAAUAAUCUGGCUGCUCGCUCGGUUCUCUCGAGUCUAACUUUAGUACCUUUUUUUCUCCUUAUAAAACUUACAUUUUGGUUUUGCAAA